AUGAAAGCUCAAAAAGAACCAAAAGAACGUGACCGUCUUCCCUCAAUAUUUACUUUAGACGAAGGCAAGUCUUUUAGAGCUAGAAGCCGUUUAAACUCAAAUAAAGUCGAAAGUCCUCGAAAACUAAAAGCUGAAUUAGAAAAAGUGAGACGCGAAAAUGAUCAAUUGAAAAGUUCUGGUCAAGAAAUCGAUAAAGAAUUAAAUAGCUUGAUUAAAGAAAAUAAGUAUUUAGGACCAUUGGCUUUUAUAGGGUUGGCAACGUUGAUAAUUGGAUCUAUUUGUCUUUGCUUUUAUUUGUAUGAGCUAUAUUUAAAGUAUUACGUUUUAGUAGAAUCUAUUUGA